AUGCUUCGAGUUCUCCAGGGAGCCAUCGCACCAUUUGCAUGUAACCAGACUCCCCAUCCUUGGCGAUGUCUCAGAAAUGGGUUUGCAACUAGCACGGGAGUAUUUUCACCAGCUCUCAAGAAUCCCCCACGGUUGGAAAAUUUGGUAACUACUCAGGACGCCUCUGAAGCACGCGAAUGGGUUGCCCAGUUCAAGGGCCAGCAGGUACCUAAGAAUGUUGUCGAACUGAGCUUUUCGCGAAGUUCUGGGCCUGGCGGUCAAAAUGUGAACAAAGUGAACACUAAAGUUACGCUUAGAUGCCCCCUGAACUCGGCUUGGAUUCCUAUGUGGGCACACGCUGCCUUACGCAAAUUGCCGACAUAUGUCUCAUCGUCCCAAUCCUUGCUCAUUACAUCUACGUCGUCCCGCUCACAAGCACAGAACAUCGAUGAUUGUCUUGCAAAACUUCAUUCACUGGUUUUAUCAGCCUCUAUUGCCCCAAUUCGAAAUGAGCCCUCGGCAGAGCAGAAGCAACGCGUCGCCAGCUUAGAGCGAGCGGAAAAUGCGAAACGAAGGAAAGAAAAGACAUAUCGAAGCGACGUCAAGAAGGGACGAGCGAGCGGUAGACGAGCAAGUAACUGGGACUAG